AUGAGAGAGUAUGGUCAAUUAAUUCAAAUUGCCUAGUAACUAAAGGCCUACAUAGUCUUGUAAGGCAUAGUCUCAUAAAUUUCAGAUGAAAAUGAUUAUUUAUAUUGCCCAAAUUCCACUAAUGGUUGUUUGGUUGGUACAAGUGAUGAAUUAAAAUAACACCAAUUAAAAAUCAGUGAAUUUCAUAUUUAUGAUUAAGAAAAGCAUACAAAUAAUCCAGAAAUUAUUUCAUUUGUCCAUUAUUUCAUGGAAUAUUAAAAGAAUGAAGAUAUCUAAAACUUUAUCACGUUAAGUCCUCUGUCAUAAAUUUACAACUCUUUUGUAUAUUUUGGGUAUACGUUAUGCAUUUCUAAUGAUGAUGGUUAUUUAAAAACAAAUUAGAAUGAAGCAAUAUUAAAAAAUCAAAAUAAAAUGACUGGAAUAAAGAGCAACAUAUAGGAAAAUGAUCAAUUAAAUAUAUUUUCAAUUAGAAUUGAAUAUUUAGAAGUUUACCAGUAAAUUUUUGAUAUCUCAAAUUAUUCUAUUAUUUUAAAUAAUAAGAUAGAAUAUUGUAUUAUCCCAAACGAACUUAUGAUGAAAAUCUUUAAUUAAACAUUGUAUUAGGAUUUUCUUUAGGUUCAGUAUGAUUCUGAGUUCUAAUUAUUUGUUAGAGAAACGAACAAAUAAAGAAUUGAAAAUUUAGGUUUAAUCAAAUUUUAUAAUUCUAAGGAUCAGCCUUUGCUCAUUUUGCCUGAGGACUACAUAUAUUAUAAUUUCAAUAAUGGAGGGUUUGAUAUGUUGUAGUUUUUUGGUGAUCGCUUUUUUCCUUAAAUUGUAUUAGGCCGUAGUUUUCUGAAAAACAAGAUUAUCCAUUAUUAAUCCGAAUCUAAACAAAUAUUUGUCGAAUAAUUAUAAGGUGAGAUAUGCAACCCUAAUAAAUUCCAGAAAGAAACAAUCUUUGAGUAUCUAAUAUUUAAGAUUAUCUUCAUAUUAAUUAUAUUGAUAAUUAUGUAUGCAAUAUUUAGAAAAAUACGAGCUCAACACUUAUUGAAAAAGAAUUAACAUAUUUAAUAAUAAUAAUUGAUUUCUAAUAAUGAAGUCGAAGUUCUGAAAUGA